ACCAUGGAAGACUUGGAAGGAAAUCACUUCAAAUCAGUGGAAGAAGAAACCAGCUACUGGAAAGAACUGGCUAUGAAAUAUAAACAAUGUGCAGAAAAUACACAGGAGGAACUACGUGAGUUCCAAGAAGGGAGCCGAGAAUAUGAAGCAGAAUUGGAGACACAGCUGCAACAAACAGAAUUCAGAAAUCGAGACCUUCUAUCGGAAAACAAUCGCCUUCGAAUGGAACUGGAGUCAAUUAAGGAAAAAAUUGAAAUGCAACAUACAGAAGGCUACCAGCAGAUCUCUGCGCUAGAAGAUGACCUAGCACAGACGACAGCUAUUAAAGAUCAACUACAGAAGUACAUUCGAGAACUCGAGCAAUCAAAUGAUGACUUGGAAAGAGCAAAAAGAGCCACUAUAAUGUCUCUGGAGGACUUCGAACAGCGUUUGAACCAGGCCAUUGAAAGAAAUGCCUUUCUGGAGAGUGAGCUAGAUGAGAAAGAGAAUCUCCUGGAAUCAGUGCAGCGAUUGAAAGAUGAAGCCAGAGACUUAAGGCAAGAGCUUGCAGUGCAGCAGAAACAGGAGAAACCCAAAACACUGAUACGAAGUACACUGGAGUCAGAAAGAACGGACACAGCUGUGCAAGCAACCUUAUCUGUGCCUUCAACUCCUGUAGUUCAUAGGGGACCCAAUGUCAGUAUAAGCACCCCAGGAACGUUUAGAAGAGGUUUUGAGGAUAGUUACAGCGGGACUCCUCUCACACCAGCUGCCAGGAUAUCUGCGCUAAACAUUGUGGGAGACUUACUACGGAAAGUAGGGGCUCUGGAAUCCAAACUUGCAUCUUGUCGAAACUUUGUGUAUGACCAGUCUCCAAACAGACCCGCCAUGUCCUCAUCCAUGUAUCUGAACAAGAGCAGAGAUGGCCUUGAAAAACGAUUGAGCAGUUCCCACAUGCCUUUGAGCGAUAACGGGUUAGGGAAGCGCUUGGAGUUUGGAACACGGCCUUCAAAUAUUCCUGCACCAAUGGCACAUUCCCCACAAGGUGUAGUCAAGAUGUUACUUUGA